AAGAACAAUUUUUGGGCGGGAAUGUCGACAACUCAACGGAGUGAAAGUAUGAAUGCUUUUUUUGAUGGAUAUGUGAACUCAAAAACCACUUUGAAACAAUUUGUUGAACAAUAUGAGAAUGCUUUGAGGAGUAAAGCUGAAAAAGAAUGUCAGGCGGAUUAUGAAUCUUUUUGCAAGCAGGUGGGUUGUGUUACUUUCUACGAUAUGGAGAAACAAAUUCAAGCAAUUUACACAACAACAAAGUUCAAAGAAUUUCAAUCUGAAAUAACUGGGAUGAUGUAUUGUAGGAUUAUUUCAGUUGAUCAGUAUGAUAUGGUAUCAGUGUUUACUGUAGCUGAGGAUAUUGUUUAUGGGGAGAGGGGGAGAAAAAGAGUAGCGUACAGGGUUUUAUAUGAUGCAGGCCAAUGUGAUGUGAAGUGUACAUGUUACAAGUUUGAGCUUAGGGGAAUUCAAUGUAGACAUGGCAUUUCAGUGUUAAUUCACAAUAACAUUAGUUUGCUUCCUGAAAAGUACAUCAUAAAGAGAUGGAGAAAAGAUGUCCGGAGAGUUCAUACACGGAUCAAAAUCAGUUAUGAUGGAUGGAUAACCACACCUGAGCAAUUGAGAUAUGAGACUAUGAUCAGUGCUUUUACUAAAGUGGCUGACUUGGCUACGGAUGACGAAGAUCAAUACAAAAAUGUCAUGACUUGGAUUGAAGGAGCAAACAGGAAUAUGUCAUUGCAAGUAUCUCCUCAUUUUGUAACUAAAAAUGUACCAUUCACCAAUGAUCCCAUCAUCAAAAGAGGAAAAGGACGUCCCCCCUGUACAAGGAAGAAACCGACAAUGAGAAGGAGAGGAAAAAGGACAGCAAAUCAAGAUGUCAACAACUUGAUGGAUGUUAAUACUCAAUCUUCACAAAGACAAACAACAGUCAUUCUAACAGAGGUAAGGGGAACACAAGAGAGUCACGUAGGUUAUUCUAAUCAAGGACGAGAUGGUGGUUUUCUAUCUUUACUUAGAAAUGCAUCAGAGGUUGGUGAAACUUCAGGAAGUGGAGGGUAUCAGUCACUUGUGGAUGGAAUUGAUGAAGAUAUGUAGUUUGUUUAUCAACUACCUUUGUAUUUUUUGAGUAGUAACUUGUUUAUCAAUUACCUUGAUGAAGACAUGUAGGUUUUUUGAGUAGCUUGUUUAUCAGCUACCUUGAUGAAGACAUGUAGCUUUUUUGAGCUGUAUUUUUUUAGUUCAGUGGGGGUGAAAACAACGUUAUAUUGAAUAUGAUUGAAUUUGCAAAGUGACUUGCUAAGUUGAUGUGUAGCAAAUGCCUAUUCCAGGAAGGAUUGGAAUGAAUUAGAAAAGAUUUUGUUUA